ACUUACAGCUUCAUCUUCCAUCCAACCGUACUGUACCAGAAACCUGGAUAGAUAAACAGUCAGGGCAAACGAACAAAUCGGAACAGGUCUUCAAUAUAUUGUCAGGACUCGGACAUUUCCACAAACUUUAUAACCCUACAAUACGCACCGGAAUGAAAAAAAGGCUUGUUGUUUUGAGGAAACGUCUCAACUUUCAUUAUGAUAUUUUAUUUAAAAAAGGGGGCUGGGGGGGGCCACUCCUGCAUAAUUACGUGCUGGACAAUACAAGUAUUAGCUCAAGGAAAUAUUUCGAAUAAAAGUUUAACGACGAUUACGACGACGACGAUGAAAGCGUUACGAAAAAAAAAAGGCAGUCGCGGAUGGAUGGUACAAGUAGUACGUAUCGUAUGGAAAUUCAGGUUUUCGGAUUUAUCAAUUGUGGGGGGGUAAUAAGUCGGUAAUGGACUUUUCCCUCUUGUUUUUUCUUCUCCUUCUUUUCUCCACUAUUGUUUCAGAUAAUACCUAGGUGAGCGGUUGUCAGCCGGCAGACUUGAUUGGGUAUUCUAGUAUCAUAGGUGCCCGUGUCACUACGAAUGGAUGGAUGGAAAGAACGAGUGAUGUUUUGUGAAGGGAAGGAGUUGGUGUAAUGAUGAGGAUUACAGUGCCCGGGGUUUUGAAUUGUGUGGGGUUUUCAACGAUGGUUGGUGUUUUUUUUUCCCUCCAUGCCUUUCCUCGCUCUACGCUCACUUCCGCCCUCCGAGGAUUCAGUAUAGUAUAGAAUUUGGAAAGGGGGGAAUGCAUCAUUGCCCAUCACUCCCCUUCGCUCCCGCCGCUUGCCCGACCAUAAGAGAGCGUGCGCUACAGUGUAGUGUUCAUUUAUUCGUUCGCCAGCCAACCCGACCGACACUACCACCUAACGCAUCGCAACACCGUUCCACGUAUCGCGGAAAAUGCACACACACCCCGCAUCGCCCGUUUUUCCAAACGGGACGGAAUAUCAUAAAGGUGGACGAAAAGGGUAAAAAAAAGGGAGGGGGGCAGGAAACAACUGAUGCGAAAUAAAAAGAAAGCCGUACCCAACUCGAUGACUAGGGGAAAAAGGGAAAAAAACAGAAAAGUAAAUACCAAGGAAGCAGGAAAUAGGCUAGGGGAAGGUAACAGAGUAUAAUAUAAUUGGAAAGAAACGAACGAUAAAAUUCAACGUCAGGAACGUGAACAUCUUUUUUUUUUGGAAAGCAGAAAAACGGGAGAAAGGUUCAGAGAGCUUACUGGGAGAGGAUACACGAACCUGCAAACUUUAUGGUAGGAGAGAGGAAAGAAAUAGGAAAGAAGAUAAAAUGAAAAGAAAAAAAACAACAGCCAAUUACUAGCCCGUCCAGUCACCACUACCGUCCCCUCCCUUCCUCUCGGAAAUCCAACUCCCCAACUGAACUUUGCUGCUGAC